AUGAGAUUGAUGCUUCUGAGACAUACGCGGGGAGGCGCAUCCCAUAGCUCAUCAGACAGGAGGAGGCGCAUACCAUUCCGGAUCCCCCACAGCCUGGUGUUCCUCCCCGACAGACAGGAAGUCUGUGUGGCUGACAGGGAGAACGGACGCAUCCAGUGCUUCAUAGCCCAAACUGGAGAGUUUGUUAAGGAAAUCAAGAAAGAGGAGUUUGGGGGGGAGGUGUUCGCCAUCACGUAUAGCCCUGCUGGAGAUGGCUUGAUUUUCGCAGUAAAUGGGGAAUCUCCGUUUGGCUCAGCUACACUUCGAGGUUUUGUAAUUGAUUAUUCCACCCUGGAUAUUUUGGAUAUCUUCAAACCAGAGGAAAAGGAGUUUAAAAUGCCUCACGACAUGGUUGAAAGAGGAGAUGGCUGCGUGUUUGUCGGGGAUGCAGGCAGUAAAUCAGUCUUCAAGUUCACCACUGAGAAAUGA